UCAAGCUAGCCGAGUUUCCUGUUGUGGCUCCUACAUCAAAUCUUGAGCAUCACUUUUGCUUGCAGGCUCCUGCAUCCAGUACACUAUGUAAGGAACGAUACUGCACUGAUGCAUUGGAUAUGAGUUUCAGAGGUGAGGGAAGAGCAUUGGCUCAUGAGGCAACGAAUCAAGCUGGAAAAUUAUGUUCCAAAUUGGGAUAUGAAAUGUCUGCUGAUGUUUUGGCACAAUGGAUUGCAGAUAGAACCAAGAUCUGGACUCAGUAUGGUGCCAAGAGACCUUCUGGAGUUGUUGCUAUGAUUUUGGGCAUUGAUGAAGAGAAAGAAACUCCACAGCUUUCUACAUGUGAUCCUGCUGGGUAUUUCUUGAGUCACAAGGCAGCAAGUGCUGGUCAAAGGGAUAGGGAGGCUGUCAACUUUCUUGAGAAGAAAACGAAGAACAAUCCUUCACUAUCAUUUCAGGAAACCGUUCAGAUGGCAAUAUCAGCAUUGCAGUUCGCACUGAAGGUGGACCUCAAAGCCAAUGUCCAGGCGCUUGAUGUCCCCGGCAUGUACCGCCACCAGGAUACCCAAGGAUCGGGUGGUGAAGAGACUACAUUAAGGUUUUCGAUAUUGAGAAAGUGGUAUAAAGCCCUUGAAAGCUUAAGAGGUGAUAUUGAGUUUGCUAAGAAAAGGAGACUUUCAACUUCUGCUCCAAAGACAGUUAGUUCGCUCCAGAAUGGAGUUGUGUUCUCACUUAAUGGAUCAAAAUUCAUGAUUCUCUUUAGUUACAUCAACGCCAUAAUUCAUUACCGGCUUUGGAAUUAUGUAAGGAGAACCUGUGUGGAUUUGCAAAUAAUAUUUGGAACAGACAAGAAAUUUUAUACCACAGCUUGUGAAGAUACCUUCCAUCUUCUGGUUGAGUUUGAUGAAGAUCUAAUUGAUCUGAUCAUUGAUGGCAAACAGUCUUGGUUCCAUGCUAUAAUCAAGAAGAUCUAUUCCAACAAGUUUCUUCGGACUGGUAAUGAUGACUACAUGGUGGGAGUGGACUGCAAAGAGUUGAAUUUUUUAGGCCAAUACAAGGAUAUAGCACCCAACAAUGAUGCUGGAGAAAUUCCCAUUGGUAUACCUGCUCUUAAGAGUGCAUUCAAGGCUUCCAGUGAUUAUUGUGAACAAACAUCCCCUGAAUUACAGAAAGCUAUUGGCACGUGGGUUAUUUAUUUUGGUGAGUCACCAAAAUUUCACUAUGUCUUCUUGGCAUGCUGCAAAUCUAUAGUCAUGGAAAAGUUCGACACGCUAAAUAAAGUUGACAAAGGUCUAGGGUUGAUGGUCAGAAAAUGGGGUUUCCUUUGUAGCAUUGCUAUGCGAUGGGUGCUGAAAUCUUUGGCAGGCCGUCCUGUCCCUGCAAUUGAUGAGGAGACUGAUGAAAUCAUGAGGAAAGGGGUUCCUAGAAUUAAAAGUGUGAAGGACAUCUUCAACAACAUUUGCCUGUGGACCAAUUCUUCACCUUACGAGUCAGCUUGUGUACAAGAUUUAAGAUCAAAGGAGAAAACCAAGCUUCAGCCCAUUGAAUAUCCUUUGAUCUUAAAUGGGCUGAAGCUUGGUUUCUCCUUUGAUCUUAAAUCUUGUACACAAGCUGACUCGUAA